GUGGUUCCGGGUUUGAGUACCACUCAGCCCCCCCACCCCGUACUACAGCUCCCAGGUUCCCCUGCGCGGCGGGCGCGACGGCGGGCUCCCGCACUGGUUGGGACACUCGGUACAGGGCGUACCGCGGGGCGUAAUGGCUGUGUGGGGCGAGCGGCUGGCCGGCGUGCGCGGGGUGCUGCUCGACAUCUCGGGCGUGCUGUUCGACAGCUGCGAGGGUGGCGGCGUGCCCAUCCCCGGCUCGGUGGAGGCAGUGGCGAGACUGAAGCAGUCCCAGCUGAAGGUGAGAUUCUGUACCAAUGAGUCACAGAAGUCCCGGGGAAAGCUGGUGGGGUUGCUUCAGCGGCUGGGAUUUGACAUCUCCGAGGGGGAAGUGACUUCCCCAGCACCGGCAGCCUGCCAGAUCCUAAAGGAGCGAGGUCUGCGGCCACACUUGCUUGUCCAUGAUGACAUCCUCUCAGAAUUUGACAAGAUUGACACAUCAAACCCAAACUGUGUCCUGAUUGCAGAUGCUGGUGAUGCCUUUUCUUAUAAAAACAUGAAUAAAGCCUUCCAGGUGCUCAUGGAACUGGAAAAUCCUGUGCUCAUAUCACUAGGAAAAGGACGCUACUACAAGGAGACCUUGGGCCUGAUGCUGGAUGUUGGAGCCUACAUGAAAGCACUUGAGUAUGCCUGUGGCGUUGAAGCUGAGGUGGUGGGGAAACCUUCCCCAGAGUUUUUCAAGAACGCCCUGCAAGUGUUGGGUGUGGAAGCCCACCAGGCCAUCAUGAUCGGGGAUGAUAUUGUGGGUGACGUUGGUGGUGCCCAGCGGUGUGGAAUGAGAGCACUGCAGGUGCGCACCGGCAAGUUCAGGUGUGAAAAGUGAGUCUUGUACAGGGCAGGGACAUUGGUGCUGGGUUUUUCUGACUGGGACUGUCACCUGACCCUCCAGUUCCACCUGCUCUGGAACCUCCUCCUCUGGAUCCUGGAAUGUCAGCACUGGACCUGGAGUUCAGCAGUUAGAAACACAGGUAUAGAUAUAGAUGUGUGGCUACAUGAAUAGAAAGAAGUCUGAAGGGGAGCUACAGAUGCUGUGGAGGACUGUGACUAUGUCCUAUAUCCUUAGUGUCUUCUAGAGUGCAGUAAUGCUGCUAUAUGAACAAGAGCUAUUUUUAUGGAAUACUCAGACCUUAUUUAACCUCUAGGAAACUGUGCCCAUGAAGAUGUGUUAGAGCCAUCCCAAAAUAGAACAGACUGCCUGGAAAGGGGAGAACUCCCUUCCCUCGAGAUAACCCCAGAGGUUGGCAGACCUCCUGCUGGGGAAGCCAAAGAAGGGACUGAGUCACCAGCUGAAAGUACAGAAUCAUUAGUUUAAAAAUAGAAACCAACCCAAGUGUCAAUGGCUAGUGUGGGUCAUUAGCCAUAUGUAAGAAAGCAGACAGGCUAGUUCUUCAGCUGCUUCUCCAUUGCUGAUGAGCACCCCCAUUGUAUGCCCCCUAAAGGGGAGGGUCCCUCUACAGGCCUCCAAGAUGUUACCAGUUGCCAGGGGUUCUUUGGCUCAAUUCCUAUAGAGAUCACACGUUGGCAACAGUAGCUCUUGUAGUGAUAACAAUCCUGAGCUCUGAAUCCCGGUGCUGUCAAUUCUUUUAGUGUGAGAGGACCCCCCUAGCUGAUCAGAGUCAGCAGCUACUGGCAAUCCUUGGGAACUCUUCUGACUACCAGUGAUGGCCCCUCCUGGCAAUUCUCUCUUGCCCUCUGUUCUCUGCUGCUAAUGGCCUUCAGCGUUACCAGGUCCAAUCUCUGACUGCUUUCAGCGCUAACAGCCUUUGGUGUUACCAGCUCAGUGUGCUCUACUGAAGACAGAAAUCAUGAAUAGGCAGGAAUAUGCCACAGGGGA